AUGUUUCUACUGUUACCCGGAUGUGUGUCUCUCCCUAACCCAACCUUACUUACUGUCUUUCCCUUCCACUCUUUCCUCCCCCUCCUCCAACUUUUGAUUUUCAUUUUCUUCCUCAUCACUUCACACGGUGCGAACAUACCCACUUCUCCUUUGUCUUUCUCUUCCCUCUAUUCCUUCCCCCAUAAUCAGUCUUCCGUUACCCGCACAAUACAUAACCCCAAACUUUCCUUUCCUGCUCCCUCUUACCUACCCACCACCCACUCCAAACUUCAUCUCAAACCUCACUGUCACCUUCCCUCUUACCCGGACACACCUUCCUAUCACGUGCCUCCUCUCUCCUCUCUUUUUCAUUUUCUUCAUCAUCACUUUACACGGCACGAACCUACGCUCUUCUCCCCAUAG